AUGAGUAAUAGUAACUCAUCUUCACCACCACAAUUCGAUGUGGCUACGGCCGCACUCGAACAUCUCGAAUUACUCAACCGUUCCAACGUCAAUCCACUCGAAGUCGCCGCUCAGUUUCGUACAUUAUUACGAUCAAAGAAAGCACGCGGACAAAAUUCCAGUCAGAAAAAUGGCGCUUCGCCACCAUCAUCUUCCAAUAUGGACUACACUUAUAUGGACUAUCUUGCAGCUGAUGCAACACAUCGUCGACGCGCACGCUCUCGUGGUCGAGCUGAUCGUCGAUCGAAAUCCUUAGGACGAAUUAAAUACGAUCUCGACGAAGAUGAUGAUGCAAAUAAUCAAAGUGGAUACAGUCACUAUACACAGGAUCAAUCAUCUUUGAAUUACGAUCCUGAACAAUUAAAUUUACGUAAUACGAUUGAUGAUACAAAUAUUUACUAUACAACGUCGGCAAGACAUGGAGGAUUAAUUACAACAGCAAACCAUUCAACUCGACAAUUUCUACCUGAAUCACAUUCUUGUUUUGGUCUUUCAAAAUGGCAUGAUGAAGGGGAUAGUUCAACAGAAGAUAUCUAUGCUGAUUCUGCUGUGGGCUCAGAUUAUAGUGAACCACCAGCACAUUUAACAUUUCAUUCAAGUAAAGCAGUUUCGUGCGAUUCAGCGAUCUCAGGAACAUCCUCUCAUAAACAAUAUUCAUCAUCUAACUCAGAACAAAAUACCACAACAUCUCCAACGUCUUCUUCUCUGCUAAUUUCUCCUACCAAGCAACAUUUUGCAAAUCUUUCCCAAAUUGAUGAAUCAUCAGAACAGACAGCAAGCACCGACCAAUCUCUUUCAACUUCUUCUAAUCAAUAUCCGACUAUCAACUGGAAGCAAUUACGUGAAAAACAACAUGGUCAAAGUUUAGACAAAGCCAAAACAUUUGUGACAAGCACAUUGCCAAGAAAACCUAUUGCUCUCCACGCGACGAAACCAAUCAAUUUAAACACAUCAUCACCUAUCUCAUUGUUAAACUAUCAUAAACAUCAACCGAAUUUUCGUAAGCGUAUUGAACAAUUUAGUACGACAGCAAACAAUCGUCCGUCUCGGCCACGAGCUGUUACAACUGAUCUCUCUCAAGCAUUACAAGCAUCGACGACAAUGACAAAUAGCUCGCUGACCACGGUUUCAGCAAUGUCAGCUCGCACACCUUCAGACACGGAAUCAUUUACAUACCCUAAUGUAUCUGAACUACGUAAAAAUUUCGAACAACAAACUAAGAAAACGAUUCCAAAAUCAAUUGAGCUAACCACGAUUAGUUCAACAACGCCACCGCCUGAGUCACCUUCAUCGUAUGCCCCGUCAAUCAUAUCUACCAGUGGUUCUCGUUCACCUUCAUCCUCGUCUUCAUCGUCUUCUUCGGUAUGUAAAAGUCGAUGUUCAUCAUCUUCAAGUCGGUCAUCGAAUGAAAUACGUACGCCAUCCAUAUCUCCCACGAGUUCACCUCGGCCGAGUUAUACAAUCUCGCGUUUAAAUGCGGCAUCGAUGACCAACGAAGAUGUCUUCUUUCCAAUUGCUGAUUGCAAUCUAGUUAUUAAACAUAAAGUAACAAAUGGGCCGAAGAAAAUAGGUCAUGGUAGUCGACGUCCAUCAUCUCCACAUCCACAUGCACAUUCAGACAAUUCAAACCAAUUAUCGAAUUCCAUGUAUUCGAUAUCAAGUGGUUAUACCGAAGAAGCUCAUCUGUCAGGUGUAUGUAACGAGAAUGAGCUUAUGGGCGGAAGUACAGACGAUGCAGUCUAUGUAUAA